AUGCGAGUCCUCCGGGUCUCACGAGCCCUACCGGCUCCUGUCUGUCGGCCCCAGAUCUCGCGCACUAUUUUAGCUCGCGGUGCCAGAUUAAACAGUUCCAAUGCUGGGAAAACAGAGAACACAAAAGAGAGCAAUUCUUCUACAAACGCCCCCCUUUCACCCUUUUGGACCCCGGCCAAGGCUCUGCUCGUCUCCGCAUUUGCUGCGGGGUUAGGCUACGGCGUCUCCUCAUAUACCCAGACACCGACACAGACGUCCAAGAAGCCACAAUAUGGCUCAGUGAAGGAGUUUGAAAAGGCCAUCAACGAGCUAAGAACGAAGCUCGGCGAGGACACAAUCAGCACCGAUGAAGACGAACUCCACCAACACGGCUUCUCAGAAUGGUCCAGCCUAAACGCCGACCGUCUCCCCGUCGCAAUCGCAUACCCCAAGACCACCCAAGAAGUCUCCGAGAUCGCCAAGGUCUGCAACAAAUACCGCAUGCCCAUGAUCCCUUACUCGGGCGGAUCGAGUCUAGAAGCCAAUUUCUCCGCCCCGCACGGCGGAAUGACAAUCGACUUCGCCUUCAUGAACAAAGUCCUAGAAAUCCACCCAGACGACAUGGACAUCGUCGUGCAGCCCUCCAUCCAGUGGAUGGAUCUGAACGAGCAGAUCAAGGAAACAGGCAUGUUCUUCCCCGUCGACCCAGGCCCAUCCGCCAUGAUCGGCGGUAUGGUGGGCACAAACUGCAGCGGCACCAACGCCGUCCGCUACGGCACCAUGAAGGACUGGGUGAUUAACCUCACGGUCGUGCUGGCUGAUGGCCGCAUCAUCAAAACCCGCAGACGUCCGCGCAAGACCUCCGCCGGCUACAAUCUCACCGGCAUGUUUGUCGGUUCGGAGGGUACGCUCGGUAUCGUCACUGAGGCUACGUUGAAGCUGGCUCCGAUCCCGGAACAGACUCGUGUUGGCGUCGUCGCGUUCCCGACUAUUCGUGAUGCGGCCUCGACGGCGAUGCAGCUUAUUCGGAAGGGUGUCUCUGUGCAGUGCAUGGAGAUCAUGGAUGAUGUUCAAAUGGACGUUAUUAAUCGGGCGGGUGGAACCGGCCGUGAAUGGAAGGUCUCUCCUACGCUGUUCUUCAAGUUCUCGGGAACUGUCGCUGGUGUCGCGGAUAGUAUUGAUAUGACGACGAAGCUCGCGCAAGGUAACAAUGCGCAGUCUUUUGAAUUCGCUCGUGAUGACCGCGAAGCUCAUGACCUGUGGUCGGCGCGGAAGCAGUCGCUGUGGAGCAUGAUGGCGCUGCGUAAGGAGGGAUCAGAGGUCUGGUCGACUGAUGUGGCCGUGCCCAUUUCUCGGCUGCCUGAUAUUAUUGAAAUCUCUAAGAAGGAAUUGGUCGACCUAGGUCUCUUCGCCAGUAUCCUUGGCCACAUCGGCGAUGGAAACUUCCAUGCAAGCAUUAUGUAUGACCGUAACAAUCCCGCCGAAAGGGAGCGAGUCGAGAAAGUAGUAUACGAUAUGGUUGAUCGUGGGCUGGAGAUGGAGGGCUCAUGCACGGGCGAGCACGGCAUUGGGCUGGGCAAGAAAGGGUCUUUGAAAAAGGAAGUUGGGCCGGACACAAUUAAUGUCAUGCGCAGUAUCAAGCGUUCAUUGGAUCCGAACUGGCUGCUGAACCCUGGCAAGAUCUUCGAUUACGACGACGAAACACCGGGCCCAGGGCAUUGA